GGAUGAGUGGCAACCACGGCGGCUAAUGGACACGAUGCACUCGGCCCGUGGCGCUCGGGGUAGCCAAUGAGCAGCGGCGUGGGCGGGGCGUGGGCAGCCGCGCGCGGAGCCGGGGCCGGACAGGAGCACGGGUCGAGACCGCGCGGCGGUUGAGCGGCGGGAGGCGCCGGCGGGCGGGCGAGGGCCCGGCGGAGGGCGAUAUCUGCUCCACUUGGGUUCGUGGAGUCCUGUAAAGAGGUCCACAUGCUUCAUUCAGCUCACCUGUUUGCUUGCCAGUGGUUACUGAGCAUCUGUUCUGCACCAGGACUCGCGCAGAUGUCCCGAGGCAUGAGCCCCCAGCCACGUGGCUGGGCCCAGUAGCACAUCGUGGGACGGGAGUGUGCGCCCACACAUGGUUUGGCCCUGCGGUGACCGGAGCAGCCUGGGCCACCACCAUGAUGAAGUUGUUGGUGGCCAAAGUCCUCUGCAUGGUGGGCGUGUUCUUCUUCAUGCUGCUUGGCUCCCUGCUCCCAGUGAAGAUCAUCGAGACGGAUUUUGAGAAGGCCCAUCGCUCAAAAAAGAUCCUCUCGCUCUGCAACACCUUCGGAGGCGGGGUCUUUCUGGCCACGUGCUUCAAUGCCCUCCUGCCCGCUGUGAGGGAAAAGCUCCAGAAGGUUCUGAGUCUCGGGCACAUCAGCACCGACUACCCGCUGGCCGAGACCAUCGUGAUGCUGGGCUUCUUCAUGACUGUCUUCCUGGAGCAGCUCAUCCUGACGUUCCGCAAGGAGAAGCCGUCCUUCAUCGAUCUGGAGACCUUCAACGCCGGCUCGGACGCUGGCAGCGACUCGGAGUACGAGAGCCCCUUCAUGGGGGGCACGCGGGGCCAUGCACUCUACGCGGAGCCCCACCCCCACGCACACGGGCUCAGCGUCCAGGAGCUGUCGCGCUCUAGCCCUCUGCGGCUCCUCAGCCUGGUGUUUGCCCUGUCGGCGCACUCCAUCUUCGAGGGCCUGGCCCUGGGCCUGCAGGAGGACGGCGAGAAGGUGGUGAGCCUGUUCGUGGGGGUGGCCGUCCACGAGACGCUGGUGGCUGUGGCCCUGGGCAUCAGCAUGGCCAGGUGCUCCAUGGCCCUGAGGGACGCGGCCAAGCUGGCCGUCACCGUGAGCGCCAUGAUUCCCCUGGGCAUCGGCGUCGGCCUGGGCAUCGAGAGCGCACAGGGUGUGCCCAGUAGCGUGGCCUCGGUGCUGCUGCAGGGCCUGGCGGGCGGCACGUUCCUCUUCGUCACCUUCUUUGAGAUCCUGGCGAAGGAGCUGGAGGAGAACAGUGACCGUCUGCUCAAAGUCCUCUUCCUGGUGCUGGGUUACGCUGUCCUGGCCGGCAUGGUCUUCCUCAAGUGGUGAACUGCCCACCGCCCACCCGCCGGACACAGGCGGUCCCCCACCCCCCCCGUCACCCAGGCGGGGGCGCUCAGGCCCCGGGCUUCCGCCUGUGCACGGAGGGGCUGUGCCCCAGAUCCUAUGCCCUGAGCCCGAGGCACCGCGACCACUUUUAAAAAUACUGCUCUUAUAAUUACUUACCAAA